AUGAAUCUCAAAGCUGGUGGAAUGCUUUCUGCAUACCCCGGUAUGCCUGUCCAUGAUUUGGAGCAUAAUUCUAAAAAGGAACAACUUAUCAAGAAAUAUUCUAGAAUUCCAACAUAUAAGGCUACGAGAGGUCUCAAAGGAUUCAUUAACAUGGGAUCAACUUGUUUCAUGAGCUCUAUUUUGCAGGCUAUUGUUCAUAAUCCUUUUAUUAGAGAUUAUUAUCUUUCUGGCUCUCAUUUAGACUGCCCAAGGGAUCCGAAGGAUUGUAUAUCUUGCUGUGUAGGUGAGAUAUUUAAGGAUUUUUAUUCCUCUACAAGUACCUCUGGUUAUGGACCUAGUUCAAUGUUAUCAGCUGCAUGGAAAGUUAGAAAAUCUCUUGCUGGUUAUUCUGAACAAGAUGCACAUGAAUUUUGGCAAUUCCUUAUUCAUCAAUUACAUAAAAAUGAUACCAAGCGUCUGCAUGACAGAGAAUCGACACCAGCUUUAGAUAGUGAUGGUGAUAAGAAAGAUUUAGCUUCAAAUCCUCUUUUUAAGUGUGAUUGCAUUACACAUAGGACAUUUGCUGGGGAAUUACAAAGCACCCUUACUUGUGCUGACUGUGGAAAUAAGCAUGUCACGAUCGACCCGAUGCUCGACCUUUCAUUAGAAAUUAGGGAAAGAAAUGAGUCACUUAAAACGCUUGAUGAAUGUCUUCAAAAGUUUACGAAACCAGAAAAAUUGGAUAUUCUCUUCUCUUGUCCAAGGUGUGCGAAAAAGACCGGUGUUACGAAGCAGCUGCAAAUACGAAAGCUUCCGCCUACUUUGUGCAUUCAACUCAAACGGUUUGAGCACGUCAAUGUCUCCACAAAGCUUGAGGCUCAUGUUGAUAUCCCGUUAAUUUUAGAUAUGUCCAAAUAUACAUUGGAUGGUAGAAGAAACGGUGAUUCUGGAUCUGACUUAUAUGAGUUAUAUGCUGUGGUUUACCAUAUAGGAAAUGUGAAUACUGGACAUUAUAUUUCGUUGGUAAAAGACCGAGAUGGAAUGUGGUUCAAGUUUGAUGACUCGCACGUUGUCAGAGUUUCAGAAAAGGACGUCUUGGCCUCACAGGCAUAUUUGUUAUUCUAUAUCAUACAUGAAAUGCCAUGA